AUGCUCGAUGUGCCGGACGAACAUAAUCUGGCGGCGGCGAGGAGUUUGUUCUUCGUCCUUGUCCCCAGCCGACAGCUGGGCCGCCUUGUCGACGCUGCCCCUUGGUCGACGCAUUUCUUCAUUUUAAAGGAAGACGAGGAAGUUCUCGGAGAGAUAUAUGCGGUUGCGGGUCGGCUCCAUCCCAGUAUGCUACUAAGGCUCUCGUUGCUCCUCGCCAUCUUUGCCUGGGAGAAGGCUGCCACCAUCAGCUCUGCUGCAGGCAGCGUGGCCGGAGAAGCACUAUGGGCGCUCCCCGAACUACAGGUCCGGCAGUGCAGCCAUGCUCCGGCGAGCAUGUCCCGUAUCGGCGGCAUAUUCGCUUGCCCACAACCUAUGGACGAGAACAGCGUCUCGCUGAAAGAACCGGCACGAUGGGCGCCGUGGACACACCCACCAUUUUGCGCCGACUCGAGCUUCUGCGUCUACACCAACGCCGCCUUUCAGACCGGGCGCGGGUUCAGCAUAAUAACGACGCCCAGGGUGCUGGCGAGCGCUCAAGGUCAACUGGAGCUGGCUUUCACUGCCCCGCCCUUGGCUUCUGCCAUGGACGGUACCGGCGUCGACGAAGGGAUGGCGAUCGGGGGAACAAGGAAUAAGAAUAACUCGGCCGACGUCACACCGACUCCAAGGAGCACCCACGUGUGGGAGGUGAAGAAUAUUCCAGGCAAGGGAAAAGGCGUGGUGGCGACACGAAGGAUCCGGCGAGGCGAGACCAUAAUGGUGGACUACGCAAUGGUGCUUGCGGCAGUCGAGUUUCCCGGACGAGUGACGCAAACGCAGGGGAAUAAGAUCCUGGAGCGCGCGGCCAGCCAGCUGCGGAAUCCGGAGAGAGUGCUGGGGCUGGGUCGGAGCAGCACGGCGGGCGCUCCCGUUAUGGAGGACGUCAUGCGCACCAACACCUUCUCGGUGACCAUUAAUGGAGAGCCGUACAUGGGCCUGUUCCCUAGCGUCUCGCGGAUCAACCACGCCUGUGCUCCAAAUGCCCAGACGCGGUUUUCGGGGCGGACAUUGUCGCAAAAGGUUGUUGCCUUUCUCGACAUUGAACCAGGCGACGAGAUAACCAUCAGCUACCCCGAGUUUGGGAUGACGCACAAGAACCGGCAGGACACGCUCCUCCACCGAUGGGGGUUCAAGUGCACAUGCAGCCUCUGCGGCGCGCACCCUCGCGAGAUCGCGGCCUCGGACGCGCGCCGGGAGCGGGCAGUGAGCGUGCGCGACCAGAUCAUGGAGCACGUCCAAAGCGGCGAGCUGUCAGCGGCCAUCAGGCAGAGCAAGGCCCUAAUCGAGCUCAGCAUCGAGGAAGGGCUCGUGUCGGGGCUGGGGGACCACUACGAGCUGCUGGCCAGGCUGCACAUGGGCGCCAGGGACCUCGGAGGCGCGGCCAGGUACGCGAGGCUGGCCCUGGCCGAGAUGAGGGACUUUGGGGGCGGCGAGGAGUUUGACGGGUUCGGCGAGCUGGAGCUGUUUGUGGCACAGCUGGAUGCAAAGGGCGUGUAA